ACCGUUAACACGGACCAAAGUUAUCCCGGAAUAAGGACAGCACGCAUGUGCCGUCAACCCGGAUGUAGAUAUUUUUGUACCCGUCUAUUCCCCAUUUUACGAAGUUAUGACAAAUUUUUGUGAAGAAUGAAUAUCAUAUCCUAGAACCGGUCGGACAAAGCUUUUCCUUGCCAUUCCAAACCAGUCCAAACCGGGUUAAAGAACCGUGACAUGAGCGGCCGUAUGUGGAUGUCAGAUGUGAGUGACAGCUCCAGUGCAGUGUGUAUGGGAAGAGCCGUACUUUAAAAGACGGUCAGAGCAACACAUGAGGGACCGUUCUGGGAAUACAUGUAACUUAGACCAUGGACUUCCGCGGCAGGAGGCACGAGCGGGGCAGUAACUGGACCGACCCGGAGAUAGUGGAGCUGCUGCAGCUGUGGUCAGAUGAGUCCGUCCAGAUUGAACUGGAGAGUUCUUUGCGCAACCAGAGAGUAUUUGACCGCAUAGCCCACAUCCUGCGUGAGAAGGGCAUCUACCGCACCGGUGACCAGUGCAGGGAGAAGAUCAAGAAGAUGAAGCUGGAGUACCGACGAAUCAAGGACAACCAUAAAAUGAGAUCAUGGAAGUUCUAUGAUGUCAUGGACAGGGUGUUGGCCAACAGACCGGCUAUUACCUAUUCAUCCCUGGGCGGAGCUGUCAUAGCUCAACAGGUGUUUCAGAGCCCAGGUGGGUCUGACGGAUACCUGCAAGGGGUUUCAGCAAGCGCCUUUGGUCCUACUUCCUCAGGGGGGUUUCUGUUUGGCCAGCCUCCUAAACCUGGAGAUCCACUCGAUAUAAAAUGUGAAGAUGUUGAAGAGAGCAUGCUGAACUCAGGUGUAGCACCACCUGAGAUGUACUAUGGAUCUGGGGAUGAUCAUGAGACUGAUGGACAAUCUAUACUGGGACCAGAGGACACACUGGGUCAAGGAGAGGGCUCGACUAAUGCAAGGAUUUCACCUUCAGGUUUUAGUGAUCUAAACAUUGUUGGCUCUGCCACAGCUGGUGCCCAUGCUGCUGGUGGCCCUCUGUCCCAUGAACCACCUGAACAGUCUCGCAAGGAGGGUCCUCAUCCAACAGCAGCUAUGAGACAGAGGAAGCGCCGCCGGGCCGGUAAAGCAUCCUGCACGCAUGGAGGUGCACGAUGUGGCAGUCAGGGACGUCUGGACAAAGCUCUGGCCAGCUUCCUGAACUGGCAGCAGUCAGCAGAGGAGCGCCUGCUCUCCCUGGAGGAGGCACGGCUCGAGAGGGAAUUGCAGGCGGAGGAGCAGAGGGAACAGCGGGAGGAGAGGCGGGCAGAACAGGAGCGGCAGCAUGAGCUCCGCCUGUUCAGCAUGCUGACAGGGGCAUUGGUGGCUGUCAGACAAGGUGCCCAGGCUUCAACAGCUAAACCGGAUGAACCUUCCGUCUCACCGCCAGCUAACAUGUCGGCCUCACUGCUGACCACAGUUGCCCCCUCUGUCUCAUCAUCUUUAUCUCCGCACCCUUCAGAAACUCCUACUGCACAGGUUAUUUCCACUCAGGAGACAACAAAGUCAGCACCGCCUACAUCUGUCAAGGCCUGUGAAAUGUCUCAGAAUAUUUUGGCAACGCUGAGAGGUGCUGAAACUCCUGGGCGUAGUGUGUAUCUAUCCAACCGUGGUAACAGCAUCCGACAGCAUCAAGGUAUUCUGCAAGAGGGCUACGCCAAGUAUGGAAUGGACAGACACCAUGACACAGACAACCCUAAUGGUAUUAUUAACAUGGGUACUAGUGAGAAUAAACUAUGCUAUGACCUUCUUCACAAACGGCUGACCAAACCCGACAUGCUACAUAUUAACCCAUCCUUGUUGCAGUAUUCAGACUGGACGGGACACGCAUUCCUGAGAGAGGAGGUGGCAAAGUUCCUGAGCCAUUACUGUUGUUCUCCACGCCCACUGAAAGCUGACAGUGUUGUGGUGAUGAAUGGCUGUGGUUCCCUCUUCUCAUCUAUUGCUGCAGUAAUUUGUGACCCAAAAGAUGCCAUUCUCAUUCCUACCCCAUUCUACGGCGUUAUCACUGAGGAUCUGCAUUUAUAUAGUGAUGUCAGACUCUUCCAUGUGCCUCUUGACCCUGAGGGAAAUGACAAAGGCAGUCGGCCCUUCCAACUCACUGUGGGCAAACUGGAAGAUGGACUAAAAAGGGCUAAGCAAGAGGGGUUUAUCAUCCGAGCUGUUAUACUGAUGAACCCCCACAACCCUCUGGCUGAGAUCUACACCCAGAAGGAGAUGAUUGCUUUCUUGGAGUUUGCCAAAAGAAAUGAGCUCCAUGCCAUUGUAGAUGAGGUGUAUAUGCUGACAGUCUUUGAUGAAUCUGUCACAUUUCACAGUGUCCUCAGUAUGGACAGUUUGCCUGACCCACAAAGGACACAUGUGAUGUGGGGGAUGAGCAAGGACUUUGCGAUGGCAGGCAUCCGAAUAGGCACUCUGUAUACUGAGAACGCAGACCUUGUGGAGGCUUUGGCCCAGCUCGGCUCUUUCCAUGGCAUCCCUGGAUCCACUCAACACCAGGUUGCACAGUUGCUUCAGGACAGAGAGUGGAUCAGUGUGGAAUUCUUGCCAGAAAACAGAAGCAGGCUGAAAACCGCUCACAGUUAUCUGACACAAGAACUGCGGGCUAUGGGCAUUCCCUAUCUGGACAGGCCUGCAGCUUUGUAUGUCUGGGCUGACCUCAGGAAGUACCUCAAAGAGUCGACGUUUGAGGAGGAGUUGUCUCUGUGGAGGUGUUUCCUCAGACACAAGGUGGUGCUGAGCUGUGGUCAAGCCUUCUCCUGCUCCACACCUGGAUGGUUCCGCAUCGUCUUUGCAGAUCAACAGCACCACCUUGAGCUCGGCUUAAAGCGAAUUAGGGAGGCUUUGAAAGAAAUUGAAGAAGAAAUUGCCGGCCCUGACUCACACUCCAUCAAAGAGGCCAUUGAGGAGAGCAAAAAGUCAGUGAAAGAGGACAGUGCAGAUACAGACAAUGCUGCGUUUGUCAAUUCGACACCAUCACCCCGGAGCAAGUCAUCAGACCGGCUGAAAGAGAAGGAUAGUCCUGUUCCUGACUCAGACUCGUUGGCCACUGAGGAGUUUGUGUUGCUGGACUGCCAAGCGUCUAAGCCCGCAGACGGCCUGGAGUCCCUGAUCGGUACCCUGCGACAUCAGCUCCGAUCCUCUGAUUGGCUGGAGAAAAACACUCCAGAGACGGCUGCAGGGGAGGACCCAGAGAUACGCGAUGUAUUCCUAGCGCUGAUGCAAAGAGCCAGAAAGUGAUCUUAGGAUAAACAGGCACAUAUGUAGCUGCCACAUUUCAAAAGACCCUUCUUUCAGCAUCCUUUUUUUGCCUUCUCCGUUUAUGGAGGAAAGCCUGACACAAACACUUGACACAAGGUCAGAUCUGAUAGUUAUGAGGAGCAGACUGAAGAAGAAAGACAGCACUGUGGCACAAGGUAAAGAUGAGGUUGGAAGAGCAAGACAAGGUGCUUUUAUAUCUGCAUUUAGAGACCCUUAUUUUUUAUCAGAUGACCUUGUUUUUUGACAUCCAUAAAAGAAAAAGUUCUCUUUAUUGACUUAAGUUUAAAAAAAAAAAGCCAAACGCAAGUAAAUAAACCAAAACCUGUCACAUUCUAUUCUUAGACAUUCGUAAUCUGCUAUGAAUUGUAUAUCUUUUUUUUUUUUUUGGCGACAUGCACUUUAAUUGUUCAGAAUAUAUUCUACUUUCUGUGAAGUCAUUUAUCUAUGAAUAAAGGAAUGAAAUACAUCUAUAUGUUAUGUUGUAUGUUAUAAUCUUUCAUUUAAACCAGGUUUUAAUGGGAUUCAUGCCUUUAUAUUUUUCUUCUAUUUUCAUACAGAGUCAGUUUACAUCUUUGUGUGUGCUUUUAUGGUUUACACGGUCUUAAUUUGUGUGGAAAAAAAAACUGUCUUGCACUUUAAAGGUUGUGAACGGGUUGCCAUUUCAUUGUGACAGUUUUUCUACUUGCUUUUGGGUGGGCUGUAGGCACUGUUCCAUUGCAAGAAAGGAAAGUGAAGGAGGUGAUACUUAUUUGACGAUGACGAGUCAUAUCUGAGGUCGGAGGCAUUGUCGGCCGCAAAAUAACAGCGUGACCUCACUGUGAAAGUGGGGGCUUGAGUGGGAUUUCCUGACUCGUUUUAUCAUAUAUCGAGUCUUUGGGGGAUUUAAUCUACUGUUGCUUCCCUUUUCAUUAACCGUUGUUCUUUAUUUGCUGUUGCGAAAUGUCGAUCAUACAAAGUUUUACUUCCUAAAAUAUCACAGGCCAGUUUUUGUUACUUUCACUUUGUUUACAGUAUGUGUUGGUGGGCCACGGUGGAGAAUUCACGGGGAAAUCUAACAGCCUGCUGGGGGAGUUUCCAUUACAGCAGGGGCGGAGUAAACAGAAGGGGUAGAUGUUUGAGUGAGGGUUUGUGGUCAUGAACAGUUUAUCUGACACUGUUGGUGUGAGUGUUGAAAGGUUACGUGUACUGGUACUUGUACUGUAUUAAACACUGUCAUCUAUACUUUGCUCUACAGUUUGACCUCACAGUUUUGUUCCUGAGAUUGGACGUUAAAGUUUUUUUUAGUAAUAUGAAGUUUUUGAAGCUAGAGGAUUCCAUCAGUCGCUUCAGAUUUGCCCAGUCCUGUGUAGGGCUGGCAGGCUGCCUGUGUGUGUGCUAUGCAAUCUGGACCCCAUUCUGGUUGAAGGACAGGGGACUGUGGACGAAGUGGAAUAACACUAAACUUGACCCGACAAAUAGCGACGAUGGCAAUGUCUUCAAUGUGCCUGAAGCAGAGAGAGUGUUUGCAGUUCUUUCCUUCCUAAUGGCUGUGAGUACUGGUGCUCUGUGUCUGGUGUUUGCCCUCUGCUGGACGUCUGAGACGGUGCGAUCAUACUCCAACACUCGCUCUCUCCUAAUGGCAGGACAAGCGCUCUACCCCACCACCCUGCUGCUGCUCACCAUGACCUCCACAGGGUUCUUCUUCCUCUUCAGCUGGUCUCUUUUUACUUAUCAAAAUCGGGAAGAAAUCCGUGAGGACUUCUCCAGCCUGGGCUCCUCGUAUUGGCUGGGGGCUUUCGGCUGGGUUCUGCUUUUGGUCGUGGAGGUGGUGGUCUUUCUUGCUGAACAGGUUGUUGUACCGGACAUCCUCCCAGACUUGGAGAAAUCUGUGGAGUCAUGGCGGGCUGAGUCUCAACUCAAGUCUGCAAAACGCUGUUUCAGUGAUGGUUAUUUCUCUGUUAGCAGCUACAGCAGUGUGACUCCAAAGAGAUACAUGUCAGCACCUUGAAUGGAGAAAAUAAGUGUGAACCUGUAGGUCACGAACAC